AUGUCAUCGUUUUCGCGCUUGUCCGGUGAUUCUGCAGACGACAGCGGAUACUUCAUUUCUCUGGCAAAGCUGAAAAUCAUAUUCUCUAAUGUCGAUAUGACGGACACCCUGGCACAUGCCGCGACGGAGGGAAACCUGGCGGUCAAAUUGGUGACUUUCGGCGAAACGUCCGGAUACGAGAACUUCAGCAAGGUCAUCAGUGACCAGGAAACCGACGCGGUCAACCAAUUCCGUUGCAGACCGAUCGCUAGUCCCGACGAGAUCGGGAUGAUCGUCUGCUCGUCCGGUACCACUGGACUGUGCAAAGGAACGAUGCUCUCGCACUUCACGCUAAUUAACAAUAUGCUGCACGAUGACUCCUUCGCCGGGAAAGAUGACAAGAUGGCUUCAGCGGCUAUAUACUACGGAAUGGCAAGGCUGAAAGUGAUCGCAGUCGACACCGGGCGACCUUUGGAUCCUUAUAAAAUCGGCGAGCUCCUAUGGAAGUCGCCGUGCAUGAUGACGGGAUAUUACAACAAUCCUCGAGCCACGAGGCAGACUUUAAACGAGGACAGAUGGAUACACAGUGGCGAUCUCGGUUACUACGACUCGGACGGUGAAGCUCUACGUGUGUGA